GAUAGCGAACAUGGCUGAAAUCGCACUGAGAAGCUGUUGUUUUACAUAAAAUUUUGCAUACAUUUCGUCGUCUGAUUUGGGAUCUUGCCAUUCAUAUUCACCAUGGAAAAGUGCUAGAACCAUGAAAAUUAUAUAUCAGUUCAAUAUAAUAAGAAAUUAAGUUCUUACUAUUGGUUGUCUGCAUCCACCUCCAUGACGGCGACAGUUGAACAAGUGGAUAAUUAUGUGAAAUAUUCCUAAAUUGCCGCAAUAUUAAACGGAGCAUUUUAAUUGUUUUGAGGUUAUUAUAAAACAGCUGAUAUUUGUUUGUGCGCCAUCUACGAAUUACGAAAGGCCGAACACUAAUUUCGAAAAGUCGAAGUCGCUUUACAUAUUUGUCAAAUAAAUUUACUAUUUUGCUUUUAUAUUAUUUUUCGUAAAUAAUUACCAUAAUUACAAACAAUAAAUCGAAAUCCUAUACGUACUCGUUUAUUGUGGACAGCAGCGUAAAUGACAAUGGACAAAAUUGAUACUGAUGGGAAUAUAUUAAAAGUUAUAAAUUCUUUGGAAUGUUCUAAAAAACAAUGUAUUCAUUGUAAAGAUGGUGUUGAAGCCAUAACAAGUACUAUUAGAAAUACUCUGUUGGAAAUUAAUGAUAUUCAGGAGCGAAACCAGCAGCGUCGUCAUGGAGAGCUUGUGGCUUUGUUUGAAAAGUAUUUCAGCAAUGAUAAAUUUAAAACUAUUGAAACAUCUGCAAAUGUAAGCUUAGAAAAUUCAGAAGAUUCUUCUAAUUCGUCGAACACCAAACAUUUUAAAAAGAAUGUGAAACAGCUACAAUUUAGUAAGCAAGUUGAAAAAAUUGCUGUUUUGAAGACACAAAAACAGAAGAAUUCUGUGAAUACACGAAAGCGUCGAAUAAAUUUAACCGAAAAUGCUUUAGAAGCAACAUCAUCAAAAAAUUCUACGGGAAAAUCGAGCAACUUAAAAGUCGAGCCCAUAUCAUGUACUAGUUCAAUAGAAACGAUAAAUGUGAAAGCAAAUCAUAGAGAUGAACUUUUUGCAAUGCGUGAGAAAAUGCUUGCUAUUCAGCGCCGGAAAAUGGAGGAUCGGGAACGUAGGAAACGUGAGAGUAAUGCUAUGUAAUUAACGUACUGCCAUAAAACAAUAUUGUUUUACACAUAAUAUAGCUUAAGGUAUUUAUAAAAAUAUAUGUACAAAUAUAUAAUUUCGUUAACAAGUGA